AUGUUCAAAUGGGAGAAAAAGAAAGCUCUGGACCGGCAACCAAAACCGGCAGACCCGUCUCCCUAUGCACGAGUUCCAUAUCCUCAGCGGUUGAAACAAGAGAUCCAGAAACAACAAUACACCAAAUUUCUGGGCAUCUUCAAGAAGCUGCAAGUUAACAUUCCUUUCGUAGAAGCCUUGGAAAGCAUGUCGAACUGUGCAAAAUUCAUGAAAGACCUUCUGCCAAAGAAGCGCAAGCUGAAGGAGUGCGAAACAGUGGCCCUGACAGAGGAAUGCAGUGCAAUCAUCCAGAAGAAACUUCCUUCCAAGUUGAAAGAUCCAGGCAGCUUUAGUAUUCAUAUUGCCAUAGGAAAUAUUAAAGUAGGAAAAGCAUUAUGUGAUUUGGGAGCAAAUUUUUUAAUUCUGAAUAUAGAAGAGGAUGCCGAGAUUCCCCUACUGCUUGGGAGGCCAUUUCUAGCCACUGCAAGAGUAAUGAUCGAUGUGGAGCGAGGAAAAUUGAUGUUGAGGAUGAACGAAGAGACAGUCACCAUUGACGUCUUCGAGUCAAUGAAACAUCCGUCAGAUGGAGGAGAUUGCUUCAUGGUUGACAUAAUACAAGAAGUAGUUGAUGACGCGAUGAAAGAGGAGAGUUCUCCACUAGAGUUAGAACAAAUCAACGAAGAAGCUGAACUUGCUGAUAAAGAACCAGUGGUGGAAGAACUAGAAAUAAAGAAAGAUGACAUCCCUCUUGCAGCACCAAAGGUGGAGCUUAAGGAGUUUCCUCCAAAUCUGAAGUAUGCUUUCCUUGGUGACAACAACACUUAUACAGUCAUCAUCAAUAUUGAGCUGUCAACCAUGGAAGAAGAAAAACUUCUCAAGGUGCUAAAGAAACACAAAGCUGCCAUAGGAUGA